CGCGCUAAAUUCUUAAUUUAACACAUGGGUAUGAAUCACUUUCAAGGUUUCCUACACAUUUCAAGCGAAAAAAAGUUAUAUUACUUAUGUAACGCUUCGUUUGAUCACAUUUUUGUAGGACAACUCGGCUCUCUUUUAAUUAGCACCCAGAGGUGAGCCGCCAUACUUCAGUUUUGUCAUCAAUUACAGUUAGCAUUUAUAACAGACACGCGUACCGGUGUCUUCACAGUCGACAGCUGACUUCAACUACCGUCUUAUUUGAGAACAUAAUAUUCACACCUUCAUCAAGAUGCAUAAAUUCGUGCUCUGUGCUCUUAUGGUGGUCGUAGCCUGUGCUGCUCCUCAGCAACAGCAAGAUCCAGUCUACAUUCUGAAGCAAGAUGCAAAUGUCCACCCUGACGGCUACCAAUUUGCGUUUGAAACCAGUGAUGGUACUUCACGCCAAGAGCAAGGUACGCUGAAGCAAAUCAGCGACGAUCACAAGGCCAUAGAGGUGCAAGGCAGCUACAAAUACUUGGCUCCCGACGGCCUCGUUUACACCGUCACGUACACCGCGGACGAACACGGCUUCCAACCACAAGAGCACGUUGAGCAUCCCGGACAACAAUAGACACUACAAAUACCACUAGUCACACGUAACGAAAACCACCUUUAUCACGUCGCCAUAAGGUUCACGAGUUACGUUUAUGUCAUUUAAGUAGUACAUGAAUUGUUUCAGCUAUGUUUUGUAACUAAUUCCUGUGCGCAAACGUUACGAUUCGUACUUCAUGAUGCUGUAGAUUUUGCUAUAGGUUAUAAAACUAUGUUGUUUCGGUUAGUUUUGUGCAUCAAUCAUGUUGUUGAAUGUGAUGGUUUUUUUUUAUAUUUUUGUAAUAGUUUUUAGUAAUAUAUUUUUUAUUUAAUUUCUGUUUUCUCAUUUAAUUUUA